AUGUUGAGGCUGCGUCACUCAUUACAUAUUAUUCAUACUACUUAUUUUGGUAGUUACCAUAUUUAUGAUAAUCUAAUGCCUUCUAAAACAAAUCAACUUCAUCUUACCAUAAUAAGUAAGCAAAACAAUGAUCAUGAUGAUGAUGAUGAUGAUGAUGAUGAUGAUGAUGAUGAUGAUGAUGAUGAUGAUGAUGAUGAUGAUGAUGAUGAUGAUGAUGAUGAUGAUGAUGAUGAUGAUGAUGAUGAUGAUGAUGAUGAUGAUGAUGAUGAUGAUGAUGAUGAUGAUGAUGAUGAUGAUGAUGAUGAUGAUGAUGAUGAUGAUGAUGAUGAUGAUGAUGAUGAUGAUGAUGAUGAUGAUGAUGAUGAUGAUGAUGAUGAUGAUGAUGAUGAUGAUGAUGAUGAUGAUGAUGAUGAUGAUGAUGAUGAUGAUGAUGAUGAUGAUGAUGAUGAUGAUGAUGAUGAUGAUGAUGAUGAUGAUGAUGAUGAUGAUGAUGAUGAUGAUGAUGAUGAUGAUGAUGAUGAUGAUCAGUCAUUAGGAAUUCACUGGUCGUUCAUUGAUCAUCUCAAUGUUUGUGUGUGA